AUGCCGACCGGAGUACAUGAGCUGUUCAUCGACGGAGUCGAAGACGCAAUUCGAAGCCAAUUGAAAGCGAUACGCAAGGGAUCAGACAAGGCAGCCCUCUUUGCGCAGAAAGUUCGCCCGGCACGGUCGACGGAGAUCUAUUUUCCAGUGGAUGGCGCUUCUCUUACCAAGAAGUCGAAACACGAGCCAGACGCGUCUUUUUGGCAUACAGAUGCACGAUACCCUGGGGUUAUCAUUGAGGUCGCAUAUUCGCAGAAGAAAAAGAGGCUGAGCCGGCUGGCUGAAGAUUAUCUUCUAGACUCUAAUGCUAGUGUGCAAGUCGUUGUUGGCCUGGAUAUUGAAUACGGAAAGAAGGGCUCCCGGAAGGCGACUAUGUCGGUGUGGCGAACCCAGGUGGUCAGUACGGCUAACGGAGACGAACUAAGGGUUGUGCAAGAAGUUGCGGAUGAAGCCUUCCGCGACGACGACGGAAAUCCUACCGAUUAUGAAGGCCUUCAACUCCGGCUCAAAGACUUCGCGUAUGAAGAACUUGCACUCAACGAGAUCGGAGAUGAAGACCUUAAAGUGGGCAUCUCUACUCGGCAGCUCUGUGAAUAUCUUGGUGCAGCGGAGACGAUGGUGAACCGAUCAGAAUCACUUGGUGAGCAUUCGGUCGGUCCUGGAAUCAAGAAAAGGAAGAGAUCGGAAACGCCUCCUGAGGAGAUUAAUUCAAACGACGAAGCAAGUAAAUUCCGCUCCAGGAACGGCUGCCUUACAUGUCGAGCGCGCCGCGUCAAAUGCGACGAGACCCGUCCACUGUGCAAAGCCUGCGGCAAGAAGAACCGCCCUUGCCAGUGGAAAGAGCCAUAUACUAAGUUCAAAGAUUACCGGCCUGACGGACCCACGUCAAGUAGAUCCGCUGCCGGCGGCACCGACAACGAAACCGACACCAAGGAGGACAUGAUGGAUGUUGACGGUAUUGAUGGUGUCGCUGGCAUCGAUAAAAGGGAUGAGGCGGUUCGUGCGAACAGUUCCAGCGAGAAAGGCUUCAGCCGGAACACUGCACCGAAAAGUCGGAAAAACUGUCGGACCGAUGGGGCAUCGGAAGACCAAAAGGAGGCGACAGCGGAUGCAGCUUAUCAGCGCUGUGUUGCCUUGCUCAUCGAGCAACUAAGCGAAGACGCUGUUAGCCACGACGAGACUCUUCUGUGCGCCGUUGUCGUACUGCGCUUCUAUGAGCAACUGAACACCUUGUCCAGCACUGGUUCAGAUGAUGAACAGCAUCUCACAGGCUACUCGGCCAUCAUUCGAUCCUCUCGGGGAAACCGCUAUGUAGAUCCAUCAGCACCCACCUUCCGCGAAGCCGUCUUCUGGGUCUACGUACGCCAGUGCCUCUACAAUGCUACUAUCAACCAGCAGCCGCCUGAUAUCGACUUCUCGUUGCAACUGCACCCGACCCCGGGCGAGAUGCGAGAUGCGCACCCAUUGGCUCGAUUAAGGUUAGAGACAGCUUGGGCCAAUCAAAUGACAUGGAAUCUUGCAUGCGUCGUGAACUUCUGCUUCGAUGGUAGGGAACCCCAAAACGAGAAAGCUCACAAGAUGCGACGCUGGCAGGAGCUGUGGGACCUUGUUCAGACGUGGAUGCAUGAAAGACCGGACACCUUUAAUGCGGUUUUCGAAGGUUUAGCUAGCGGCCAAGGCUCCUUCCCCAGGAUUCUGUUUACGGCCGACUGGCAUACUGUAUCGUUUGGGUUUUACCACUUUGCGCAUAUUAUGCUGCUACGUUAUAAACCAGGCCCGAAGUUUGCGAUUCGCAAUGUCGAGAACCUUUCUGAUACAGAUCAUCAAAUCCUAUCGCACGCACGCGCCAUUUGCGGGGCGAGCAACAGCUCACCGGAGACUGUGCCAUUGGCGAUUACCGUCUGCCAUACCAUCUUCAUCUGGGGACCGCUCGUAUGCAAUUCUGGAGAGAGGGACCAAGUGGUACAGAUCCUGAGCAAUUUCGAAAAACAUCACGUCUGGCCAACAACAUGGAUCAUCAACGCACUGAAAGCUGAAUGGGGCAUCCCUACUUCCUCAAACUCUCCAACAUAG